CUGCAUCAACAGUAGCUGGCUUCUGGAGAGCUCCCGCCGAUAGUAUGAAAUUAUGAUCAGACAAACUCUUCCCAAAUUUAUUAGCAGUUCAACCUCAAAUAUUCCCUCCAAAUCACAAGUUCUGCCGUUUCUUGCGUUUCCAUUAUCAUCUAGCUUAUGUCAAGUUUUAAUUCAUUUAUGCUUAAUCUUCUGUGAAACUCGAUCCUAAAUUAUGCUCCUUCAAUGAAUCCUCACUACCCAGUUCCCAAUUCUUCCACCUCCUUCUUCAACCCCUUAAACCCUAACCCUAUUUUCCAAAAUCCCCAAUUCAAUUUAUGCCCACCUUUACCGUCACCACCAGUUCAAUCUCCAUCGCACCCUCAAAUCCCUCUUUCCGACUUACCCAAUUGUCUUUCUUCACUCAAAAGCCUCCUGCAAUCAUCAAACUCUACUCUUCAAUCGCUAUCCUCUCUCCUCCCCCCUCUUUCCCUCUCCUCCGAUUCCCUAAUUCAAUGCCCCUCAAACCCUAAUCACUGGGUUCCCCCAAAUUCCCUCUUUCUACACUCGCUUCAUUGCCCUUCAUCACUUGAUUUGGGCACAGACUUAGAUUCCCUCCAGUACCCUAAAACCCUGAAAUCUGAACAGCAUUUGAUUCAGCAGAACAAGUUUGUUCAGCCCCUUAAUGACCCCACAUCAGAGCUCUGCUUCUCCCUCGACGAUUAUGUCGAUUUUGGUUCCAAUUUCUUUUACCAGGGUUGCCUGGGUGUUGUUAGCUCAGCAGAUGAUGAUGCUACUAGGAGGAUUUUUACACUUCCCGGAGUUUUAUCAGUCGAAUGUGCGAAUUUCGUUGGUGUUAGUGACAGGGAAACUGAUGGGUUCUGGGAAAGUAGUGUUAAGAUACUUCCAUCCGAAAUGUGGGUUGUUAAAGGUGAGUUUGAGCAGUGGAGUGAUUACCCCAAUGAGUACUCAUACAGUGUUGUUAGGGCCUUCGUGUGUUUGGAAUGUGUGAAAGAAAGUGAUUUGUUGCCGUGGUUAAUUGCGAAUUCGCCUCGUUUUGGUGUUGUAAUUGAUGUAGCUAUGAGGGAUCAUAUGUCUGUACUCUUUAGACUUUGCUUGAAAGCAAUGAGGAGAGAGGCUGCACAUUCGUAUGGAUCUUUGUUCAAGAGUAAUGUUGGGGAUAAUGGUCAUAAGUUGGAUGUAAAAUCAUUGAGGUUUAAGUGUCCUGUUACGGUUGAAGUUCUGAGAAGGCUGACAUCACAGUUAUCCAUCUUGUAUGGCGAAACAAGUGCGAAAUCUUUUGUUAUUGAUAUGCUUCGGCAUUUGUUGCUUAAGGCUGUAUCUCAUGCCUUAUUGUUUCCUUUAGACAGCAAAAUUGAACACAGCUCUGCCAUUGAGCAAGAGAAUACUACUGUGGUGGGUCAGUCUGCAAGGGAAGUUAGGGAGAACGAAGGAAAUGAUAGAAUAGAUGAAAGGAUCCUUAGCAGGUCUGUUUUUGUGUACCAAAUAGCAGCUGCUAUAGCCGCAUUGCACGAAAGGUCAAUGCUUGAAAAAAGAAUCAGGGCUCUCCGGAAUCCUCUGCCGCUUCCUGCUUUUCAACGGAUGGCUGAGCAUCAGCAUAUUUCAAAGAAGGCGGAUGAGGAACGCCAAAAGCGUCCUGAUUAUAGACGAUUGAUUGAGCACGAUAGCUUCCCUUUUCAGAGGCAACAUGAUCAGGACAAUAUGAAGAUGAAGACUAGAGAAGAGUUAUUGGCUGAAGAAAGGGACUACAAACGACGCAGAAUGUCCUAUCGUGGAAAGAAGCUAAAGCGAUCCACAAAAGAGGUGAUGAGGGAUAUCAUAGAAGAGUACAUGGAAGUUAUUAAGGAGACAGGAGGAAUUGGAGGCCUUACCAAGGAAGAAGCAGAUGGAGAAAAGUCAACAUUUAAGAAUUCUCCUGCUCAUAAUAACUCUACGAACUUUGAGAUGGCUCAUCACUCAGCAAAUGAUCAGCAGCAUGGAUAUACGAAAUCACUGGAUUAUAAAUAUGAAUCUAAGGACAAAAAACAUAUUGAUGCUUGUCCUAGUAGAAAAGAGCGACAUAAAAGAGAACCUUACGGUCACAGACCACUUGAGGAUGAAAGAACGAAAAGGGAUAGAAGCUCUAGGGACUAUCAUUCGAGAAGCCCUAGUGCAGAUAGAAGACCCAGUCGGCCAAGAGAGCAUAGGAAUCACACAAGGAAUCAAGAUGUUAUGGAAACAGUUGAAGCUGAACGUUCCAAAAGCAAGUAUUCUGCUCGUAAUGUAUCAAGCUAUAAUGACCAGAAAUCACUGUAUUCUACAUCAGGCACUUUGAAAAACUCUUCUGGUAGAAAGGACAAAAGGAAAUUAGAAUCUCCAGAAAGAGGUAGAUGGAAAAGGCAUGAGAAUGAUGAAAGGGAUUUAUCAAGAAGGGGUGAAUUCAAUGAUCGGUAUGAUCCUUCUGCAGCUAGUGGAUAAUUAUGAUGAUCAGUUCAUUGACAGCUGAUCCACAAGGCCAGAAUCUUAAUACAAUCACUGAUGGCAUGAAGGGUUUUGUUGUGAAGUAUUAUUUUGUUUUCUUCGAGGAAACUGGUGGAUUUUGUGUUGCCUUGGCAGGAAGUCAUUCAGGCUUCGGCAGAUUUUUUUUCUUUGUUCGUAUCCUCCUUUGUAUCCUUUAGCAUUUAUGCUUUUACUUGAUUCUGCUUUCGAAUGCUAUGAUUUAUAUAUGCAUGUGUUUUCUGUUUACCGUCGUCUUUUUUUCUUCUCUGCUCUUUAUCUCAUUUUUUUUCGCUUCUCUUGCACUUUGGCAAUUAAUCUUAUGAUAAUUUGUCGGUUAUGUAGAAAAAAUGUGGUUGACAAUAGUGUGAAGAUAGAGAUUAUAGCUAAAACGUUGAUAAUUUGUCGUGACUAUCAUCAUUCAUCAUAACAUAGCUGAAAAAAGCUGGCUUCUGAUUCCUUAGUUAUGUCAAGCUAGUUGUCAUUAAUUUUCUCCAGUUCCGACUCUUAGUUUUGAAAAACUUCAUGUUACACCUAAAACUUUUGAGAGUAUAAGAGCAACUCCAAUGGUUAGCUACAAGGUGGUGUAGCUAAGAGCGACUCCAAUGGUCAUAAAAAAGGACCAGCUUGCAAAAAGUUAAAAUAUAUGAGUGGUAGUCAACUAUUGGUACAUAAAUUACGUUAUCAUCUAUGCUCUUUUGAACUGGUAGAUCACGGGAAAAAAUAAGUGAAAAUGUAAAAUAAAUAAAAUUGUCUAUUAAAUAAAAUAUUAUGAGCUACAAGGUAUUGUAGCCAAUCAAUUGAAAUCUUUGUAGCUUAAAAGCAUUGUAGCUAGAAUUUGAUGUGGCAAAUUUAGCUACACCACCUUAUAGCUAACCAUUGGUGUUGCUCUAAAUUUGCCACAUCUAGCUACAAUGUUUUUAAGCUUCAAAUUUUCCUAUUGGUUGACUACAAUGCCUUGUAGCUCUAUAUAAUAUUUUGUUUAAUUAUAACUUUUUAUUUAUUUAUCUAUUCUAUUUUAUUCUUUAGCUACAUGCUCAUAUGAGUUACAAUAUUUUGAUAAUUGCUUAUGUAAUUUAUGUACCAACAGUUAUAUAUGCUUAAAAUCUUUUACUUUUUUGCCAGCAGGUCCUUUUUAUGACUAUUGGAGUUGCUCUAAUAGACUAUCUUGUUUUCCCUUAAAGCACAUGGUACCCCCUUCUAUAUACGUAGUACUACGUAUAAGAGAUUUCCUUUUUUGUUUGAGAAAUUAUAAUCUAGUCUAUCAAUUUCCCUAAGCUUGUUCAAUUGUGUUGCGACCUUUUUAAGGCAUCUGUGGACCUGUGGUGGCAUUUGAGAGUCCAACUUUUCUGAUGCUUGGAUGUUUGUUUAUAUGUGGUAGCACCGUUUAAGAAUCUUUUCGGAAACUAAACUUAGGGAAAAUGUUGUUUGUCUGAAGAUGCGUAUAUACAUAGCCUUGAAAAUGUUGGAAUUACAAUGUCAACUCUACCUGAUAAUCACAAGAUGUGUUUAUAUUGUUUGGUAUAUAUCAGUUUAGAGUUGCAAACUUACAAUGCCGUCACUACUUCCAAUUUCCAAACCCUUAUAAAUAGCAGUCAGCAUGGCUGUUUUCCGCCUUUUAUCCCAUGUCAAACUUGUAAAGGCCUGUCAAAUGGUCACUUUAGAUCUAGGUUUAGUAAAAUAAGGUUUUUCAAUCAGGUCAAUUGUCUGAUGACUUUUGUGCCAUGCCCUUUUCUAUCUUUAUUACAUUCUUAGUUCAUUUGAAGUUUCAGACCACAAAUCUCUUGUUUAAAUAAUAAAUACUUGUUCAUGUUCUUCCAUGAUUUCGUGUCUGUUUGUUAGUCACUGUUCCAUUUAACAACAGUUUUUAUUUGUUUAAAUUCCACACUGCAUCAUUUGUGAUUAUUAUGGCAUUAGAAUAAGAGUUCGGUCAUGAGUGCCAUACUUGAUAAAAUGUCGAAACUGUGGAUCUGUUUGACAAUAUUGUUGUACUCUGUAUUUAAGUAAUAUUCGGAUAGAGUUCAUAUACUUAUCAGUGGACGUGCUAUUCUGAAUGUGGUGUUUCAUUAGGGAUUUUCAGUAAUACCUCAUUUCUUGUUACUCAAUUACAAAUUUUGUUAUCAUGCCAGUAUAGAUGCAAGGGUCUCAUAUUUUCUAUUUUGUUAGAGUUGGUGAAGAGGUUGGUUCUGACUUCUGACUAUUUUUAUUUGAGAUAUUCUAUUUUUGCCUUUUGUUUGCUGUAGAUCUCAAAAUUCUAAUGAUGAUGAUAACUGAAGUUUGUUUCGCCAUCAGAAUCUCUUUGCUCGUUGCUGCUCAUCCCAGUUGUGUCACAGGCAUCUCUUCUGCCCCGGGUUGACAUAGGAGAGGGUACUCUUUUCUUUCGCGAGUUUAGUUGCAUCUUUAGGGAUCUGAGGGCGGAGAGGCCAAUAUCUGAUAUGUAUUUCAAGAUACAUAUCACCCCACUAAACGACAAAAUAGAGAUAAGAUAAAAAUGAAAGCAGGUGCCAUUUUUCAAAGACAUAUGUCAUUUUGGAAAAAUGAAUGCCAUUUUUCAAAAACCAAUGCCAUUUUCCAGAAAUGGAUGUCAUUUAAAAAAAAAAAUGAUUUUGUUCUUUAGCGUUUGUCUUAUUCCUAUUUUAUCGUUUAUUUAUGAAUACAUAUCAGAUAUUGAUUUAUACUUCCUCCAUCUGAUUGCUGAUUAAUCUAGUGGACAUUUCAAAGAAAGUAUUUUUUUUUCUUGAUAUUUUGAAAAAUUGAUGAACAAAACGAAUGUCGAUCGUGUUAUUUUAAGCGAUAACUCGAAGCCGAGAUUAUUAUACAGCCCGGGGAACAAUGAGGAUAUUUCAUUAUUCUAAUUUCUAAAUGUAGCCUAACGAUUUGGGAAAUCGUAUUUGUUUUUUGUAUUCCCGAAAAGGAUUUUCUCUAAUAAACGAAGUAAUUUAACAUGACUACAUCAUCAA